UGAAUGUUUUUAGUCCAUUAAAAAUAUAUUAUUUUUUUUUGCCCUAAAAUGAGACGCCUAAUUAUAUCUGGCUCUUUGUCACAGUCAAACCACUUUACAUCUUGCUUAAGCAAAGGUUCCUAUAAAUAAAUUCAGCCAUCCACAUAGAUUAGUGUUCUCACAAUGGUUUUACAAAAGCAUCACAGUGCCCGUUUUAUUUGGGUCGGCCUGCUUAUUUGUGGCUACGUCGAACUUGGCACUUGUCUGGAGUUUACAGGUGCAGAGGGACAGUGGGCACGAUUCCCAGUAUGGAACGCGUGCUGCGAAAGCGAAAUGAGUUUCAACAUGAAAACAAAGAGCUCCCACGGGCUGCUGGUUUACUUUGACGACGAGGGAUUUUGCGACUUUCUGGAACUCUUCAUUCUCAACGGGAGACUUAGCCUUCGUUUCUCCAUCUUCUGCGCCGAGCCCGCCUCCGUCGUAUCCGACGCGGCGGUCGAUGACGGCCAGUGGCACGCCGUCACCGUACGGAGAAACUUUAAGAACACGACCCUGGUGGUGGACGAUGAUGUCAAAUGGGUGGAGGUGAAAUCCAAAAGACGGGAUAUGACCGUUUUCAGCAAUUUGUUUGUGGGCGGCAUCCCGCCGGAGUUGCGGUCUGUGGCGUUACGUCUUACAUCCGCCGCCAUUAGGGAUCAGGCGCCUUUCACCGGCUGGAUAACAGACAUAAAGGUCAACAACACGGCAUCUGUCGUGGUGGACAGCGCAGGACUCUUAAAGGACCUUUGUGGUGCAGCUAACAUGUGCUUGAAUGGCGGAGUGUGCAGCUUAAUCAACAACAAGCCCACAUGCGACUGUUCUGACACUGGAUUCCAAGGAACGGACUGCAGUGAAGAAGAUAAAUAUACAGAAGGUCUGGCACACCUGAUGAUGGGCGACCAAGGGCAGAGAGGGGAAUCUUGGCUUCUAAGAUCCCUACUCAGCAUUCAAGGGAAAGAAGAGUAUGUUGCAACCUUCAAAGGAUCCGAGUUCUUCUGUUACGACUUGUCCUUGAACCCGAUUCAAAGCAGCAGCGAUGAAAUCACAUUGUCAUUCAAAACCCUCCAGAGGAAUGGACUGAUGCUGCACACGGGCAAAUCGGCCGACUACGUCAACCUGGCUCUGAAAAAUGGGGCUGUCUCGCUCGUCAUUAAUUUGGGGUCUGGAGCCUUUGAAGCUCUGGUGGAGCCCGUCAAUGGGAAAUUUAAUGACAAUGAUUGGCAUGAUGUCAAAGUAACAAGGAAUCUACGUCAGCACUCAGGCAUUGGACACGCUAUGGUAACAAUAUCCGUGGACGGCAUUCUGACCACCACGGGUUAUACACAAGAGGACUACACCAUGCUUGGCUCUGAUGACUUUUUCUACGUUGGAGGGAGUCCAAGCACAGCCGACUUGCCUGGAUCGCCAGUUAGCAACAAUUUCAUGGGCUGCCUCAAGGAGGUUGUGUACAAAAACAAUGAUGUAAGACUUGAGCUAUCACGGCUGGCCAAACAGGGGGAUCCCAAGAUGAAGGUCCAUGGCACUGUGGCCUUCAAGUGUGAGAACGUGGCCACCCUGGACCCGAUCACCUUUGAGACGCCGGAGUCUUUCAUCAUCCUCAACAAGUGGAACGCUAAAAAAACAGGCUCCAUCUCCUUUGAUUUCCGCACCACCGAGCCGAAUGGACUCCUCCUCUUUAGCCAUGGCAAGCCAAAGCAGCAGCCGAAGGAUUCCAAAAGUCCCCAGACCCUCAAGGUGGACUUCUUUGCCAUAGAGAUGCUGGAUGGACACCUGUAUCUGUUGCUGGACAUGGGAUCGGGGACCACAAAGACCAAGGCAGUGAAUAAAAAAGUCAAUGAUGGCGAGUGGUACCAUGUUGACUUCCAGCGGGAUGGCAGAUCUGGUACCAUCUCUAUCAACACCCUCCGUACUGCCUACACAGCCCCUGGAGAAAGCGAGAUCCUGGACUUGGAUGAUAAUCUUUACCUCGGGGGCCUGCCAGAGAACAAAAUGGGCCUGGUGUUCCCCACUGAGGUGUGGACUGCUCUGCUCAACUAUGGCUAUGUCGGCUGCAUACGAGAUCUAUUUAUCGACGGACAGAGUAAGGAUGUCCGGCGCCUGGCUGAAAUUCAGAAGGCUGCGGGGGUCAAGCCCUCGUGCUCCAAGGAGCCUCCCAAGCAGUGUCUGAGCAACCCCUGCCAAAACAACGGCAUCUGCAGAGAAGGCUGGAAUCGAUACGUAUGCGACUGCUCUGGAACUGGAUACCUAGGCCGCUCCUGCGAAAGAGAGGCGACCAUCCUCAGCUAUGAUGGCAGCAAGUUCAUGAAGGUCCAGCUGCCAGUGGUGAUGCACACCGAAGCUGAAGAUGUGUCCCUGCGCUUCCGUUCCCAGCGAGCCUAUGGCAUCCUAAUAGCAACCACCUCUCGGGACUCGGCCGACACUCUGCGUCUGGAGCUGGAGAGCGGACGCGUCCGGCUGACUGUCAAUUUAGAUUGUAUCAGGAUAAACUGUACCACCAGCAAAGGCCCAGAGACAAUAUUUGCGGGUCAGAACCUGAAUGAUAAUGAGUGGCACACCGUACGUGUGUUCAGGAGGGGGAAGAGUUUGAAACUCACCGUAGAUGAUCUGCCACCAGUGGAAGGCCAAAUGGCGGGUGACCACACCCAGUUGGAGUUCCACAACAUCGAGACAGGCAUCGUGACAGAAAAGCGCUACAUGUCCAUGGUGCCAUCGAACUUCAUCGGUCACCUGCAGAGCCUGGCCUUCAACGGCAUGACCUACAUAGACUUGUGCAAAAACGGCGACAUCGACUACUGCGAGCUCAACGCCAUGAUCGGCUUCAAGAACAUCAUCGCCGAUCCUGUCACCUUCAAGUCGCGCUCCAGCUACGUGACCCUCACGGCGCUGCAAGCCUACUACUCCAUGCACCUUUUCUUUCAGUUUAAGACCACCUCCUCUGAUGGCCUCAUCCUUUAUAACAGCGGCGAUGGCAAUGACUUCAUCGUGGUGGAGCUGGUCAAAGGGUACCUGCAUUACGUCUCAGACUUGGGAAACGGAGCCCAUUUGAUCAAGGGGAAUUCCAACAAGCCUCUCAAUGACAACAACUGGCACAGCGUCAUCAUCUCCAGGGAUGCCAACAACCACCACACUGUUAAGAUUGACACCAAGAUCACCACUCAGACCACCACAGGAGCCAAAAACCUGGACUUAAAGGGCAACCUUUACAUUGGUGGAGUGGCCAAGGAGAUGUACAAGGAACUUCCUAAAUUGGUGCAUGCCAAGGAGGGCUUUCAAGGUUGUCUGGCAUCAGUGGAUCUCAAUGGCCGUCUCCCUGACUUGAUGUCGGAUGCGCUGGACUGCGUGGGACAAAUUGAAAGGGGAUGUGAAGGCCCCAGCACUACAUGCCAGGAAGACUCAUGUGCCAACCAGGGUGUGUGUCUUCAACAGUGGGAGGGAUUCAGCUGUGACUGCAGCAUGACAACAUUUGGCGGACCGCUGUGCAAUGACGCUGGAACGACGUACAUAUUCGGGCGAGACGGUGGACUGAUCACAUACACAUGGCCGCCAAAUGACCGGCCCAGCACGAGGGCAGAUCGUCUCGCCAUUGGCUUCAGCACCCAUCUGAAGGAUGCUGUCCUUGUAAGAGUGGAUAGCUCCUCUGGUCUUGGAGACUUCUUGAAACUGCACAUCGAAAGAGGAAACAUCGCUGUUGUCUUUAAUGUGGGAACGGACGACAUUAACAUAGAGGAGACCUCAAAGUUUGUAAACGACGGAAAGUACCAUAUAGUGAAGUUUACGAGGAGUGGCGGUAACGCCACUCUGCAGUUGGAUGAUCUGCCCGUCAUUGAGCGCUACCCGACAGGCAACAAUGAUAACGAACGCCUGGCGAUUGCUAGACAGCGAAUCCCAUUCCGACUUGGUCGAGUAGUUGACGAAUGGCUACUCGACAAAGGGCGCCAGCUUACUAUCUUCAACAGCCAAACUACUAUACAGAUUGGUGGCCGGGAGCGAGACCGGACUAAAUCCUUUCAGGGCCAGCUCUCUGGUCUCUACUAUAACGGCCUGAAGGUGUUCAACAUGGCUGCAGAGGGGGACCCCAACAUUAAAACACAAGGCAGUGUGCGGCUUGUUGGGGAGUCGCCCUCCUCUAUCACACCACAGUCGAGUACCACAGCCAAUCGUUCUGAGACGUCCACGUCCAUAAUGGAGAUAACCACCACCACGGCGUCGAGUCGGCGAGUCAAACAGACGACACCACGAGAUGCUCAGCAGACCACUGAGGACCUGCUCGUGGCAUCUGCCGAGUGUCCGAGCGAUGACGAGGACAUCGAUCCCUGUGAGCCGAGCUCAGGUGGGUUAGCCAAUCCCACGGGCGCCGGACCAAAGGGUUUCCCAGACUCCUCCGAGGUUUUCCGGGAGUCCAGCAGCACCACGGGCAUGGUGGUGGGCAUCGUAGCAGCGGCGGCUCUGUGCAUCCUCAUCCUGCUCUAUGCCAUGUAUAAGUACCGGAAUCGAGACGAGGGUUCCUACCACGUGGACGAGAGCCGCAACUACAUCAGCAACUCUGCUCAGUCAAACGGUUCUAUUGUCAAAGAGAAAGCGGUGAACAACGCAAAGACUUCAACGAAGAACAAGAAGAACAAGGACAAGGAAUACUAUGUGUGAUUGUCAAAGUGCUGGUCUUUGGCAGACCAUCUGGAACAUUUAAAGAAAAGACAGCUAUUGUGUACAGUAUGAUAACAAAAUUGAACCUUAUUUAGUCAUUUUCUUUCCAAAAAGACAAUGCUCUGAAAAGUAAAAAAGAAAAAAUCGGAAAUUAUUUCUGCAGACGCAAGACCGCCUGGAACGAGAGACUACGGAUGGAAAAAUGUCUGUAAACUGAAGACAACCAAAUAACAUAAUCCAUCUGUGAUUUGACUCCAAGAACCAAGAACGGGAUGAUCCGACUGCUUCGUUUGUGGCCGCCAGAGGAGGGCAGAUGCACUUUGCCAACCGGGGUUCCCGACCUAAUGGUUUCAUUUUAAAUUGCCUGUGUUUGUGGUGUUUAGACUUUUGCUUCUAAAGAAUAUGGCACCAUGCAUAACAAACAUUUGAUUUGAAGGAGAGACUAAACCAUCUGACAGCAAACCCCACAAGGGGAAGCGGGGCCGGGGUAGGAGGAUGGAGAUGGGGAACUGUGUGCUUGACGGAUGUCCACAAAAUCGGCCAAAGUGUCUCAGUUAAGCAGAAGGGACUGUGAGCUGAUCAAGUAGACUGCAGUGUCAUUUACAAGAACAAAAUGUCCAUUGUGCCAGUAAGACAAGAGGAGGCCUUUGAUUUUAGACUUUUUUUUUUUUUUUUUUUUGCAUCUUGUGAAGUCUAAAGGCGAGCGCUUGCUCAGAAGUGACAGUGUGGGAGCCAUGCACGCGCACACCGAUCCUUUUCUGUGUUUAUAUACAGUACGACCCCAUCUUAAUGUGCUUUCUGAACUGUGACAAUGUGGUGUUUUAUAGCCUGUUGUAUAGAUGAUGCAAAAUAUAACAGCUCCUAAAUCUUUUUUUUUUUUUUAUAAAAAAACAUUAAAAGGACACAAAAAGACGUAAUUGUUAAGUGUUGCUAGACAUAGAUUUAAUGAACAAAUCUGCAUCUUUUUCUUUUUUUUCCACCCCUCUCGCCCCCUUCCUAUGUUUACAUGUGUUCCUUCAUAGUUGUUUUUUUUUAGUUUUUUUAUACAAAGGCUGAGUAGCCCACCUUGACCCAAAACUGCACAAAGGAGCAGAAUGGUUGGAGAAUCACUGCCUUCCCCUUCCAAUAUGACUGGAGUGAGUGCGGAAAACAAGAAGUCUAUACAGGCGGAUGACAACAGUGAUGAAGAUACAUUCAUGUGUUGUGUGUUUACAAGUUGCAUUAUCGAAUAGUCCAAUGGUCCAGUACUGAUACAAAUUUCGGACGAUUCCACCAGAGUUCAUUUCAACAGUUCUGUGUUUGUUCUGUCAUGCUGUCCGUCAGUUCUGCUCUCCAGAGACCUGUACUUGGAAUGAGUAUGAGGAAAAUGAACAUGAACUAUAAAUGAUGAUUAUAACUUA